AUGAGGCGAUCACAUUCUGGUGAGAGGGCUGGCUACAGCUACGAGCCGUUACCAACAUCCUCAGGGAGUCAUCUGGAGCAAGAAAAUGAGCGACUGGAGGAGGAUCUCAGCGAUAAAAUCCAUGCAUUGAAAUCAUUAUCUAUCGACAUUGGAACUGAGGUCAAAUAUCAGGAUAAAAUUUUGAGAGACAUGGAUGAUGAUUUUGAAAGAACAAGUGGCUCACUGACGUCUUCAGUAGCUCGAGUUAUCAGAAUGGCCAAAGCUGGACACAAUUACUACAUAAUAUAUUUAUUUUUAUUCUCUAUUUUUGUCUUCUUCGUAUUAUGGAUUGUAUUAAAAUUCCGUGGGUAA